AGUCGGCGCUUUCACCGUCCCGUGACCACUCGUCGUCGAUCGUCGGAUAUUUGGAGUCGCAUCUAGCGUUAUGUGUGCUUCUGCCAAGACCUGUCUACUGUGUGUAUAUGUGAAUCAUCUAACGUCUUUGUGGUACAUAUUAGAGUAAGAAGCAGGAUCGGUUCAUGUUUAGUUUCGCUGCGAUAAUUUGAUCUUUCCGCGAGCUGCUUCGAACAACGUGCCAAGCAAACAGCGUUUGUUGGACGGGACAGACAAGACUUCAUUACAGUGAACGGAGAAACUAUUGUUGCUAGAAAUCUCACUGUUUUAAUCAUACAAGUUAAAGACAAUCUUUUUAUACGUCGAAUUCUCCCAUAUUUUCUUUCUGACCUUGGAUCUCGAACGGUUUUUCUUCUGGGCCUUAAUUGCCAAUUGAGCAUUUUAUUGACAACUGAAACCUGAAAUGAUUAAGUAUAUAGAAUUUCAACUCUUUGCUAUACGGAUUAUGGCUGCAGACUUUUAGUUGUAUUGUCCAAUCAAAUAUAAUUAUUGAGCUUAUUUUUUUAGGAAUUUUUGCAGGCAAAAUUCGAAAUGCCCGCUUUAGGGAAUGUUAUGAUUUUGCUUGCCGUUUGCUUACUGAUCACUGACGCAAAACCCUUAGACAAAGUGAUUGUAGAAUCUUGGGCCCAGAAAGUAGAAGGAUAUUUACUAAAGCUUGCAGAAGAAGGAUUAAAAACAAAAGAACUCCAAAGGGAAUACGACAAAGCAGUUUAUACUGUGGAAAAUAAAGAUGGACUCGAAACCAUAAAAUCGGUCAAAGAUCUUCUAGGGAAUUAUUUUGUCAAGAAAGAACAGGCCGCAAAGAAACUUGCAGAGGAGGUGGCUGAACUUCAUGAUAAGUUCUACACUAAUUCCAAGCUGCAGCACAAUGCAAAAGUUACUAAUCUAAAGGAUCUUGGAGUAGACCACUACACAGACAAGGACAUUGUCAAGACCUUACCGGACCUGGAGUUUGAUACUCUUUUUAAGAUGAGAGUGAGCAAAUCAAAGAGUGCAAUUAAGAUAUCUGAUCAAGUUGUUAGAAAUGAUAAAAAUCUUAUUGAGACUGUCUACUGGUCCUCCAAACUAGAUGAGAUGUUUAAGAAAAACCUUGCAGAUGAUCCUGAGUUGAGAUGGCAGAACUUUGGGUCUGUUGAGGGUGUUCUACGCCAGUAUCCAAGCAGUGAAUGGCAGACAAAUUUUGCUGGUUUCCACAUUGAUUAUGACCCUCGCAUGAGGCCCUGGUAUAUUGGUGCCACCUCAGGGCCAAAGGAUAUUGUGAUUAUCCUUGACUGCAGUCUGUCAAUGAAGGGAAAGAGACUGCGCAUGGCUAAAGAGAUUGCCAAGACAGUCCUGAACACCCUGACUAAGCAGGACUUUGUGAAUGUCAUCUGUGGUCAUGCUAGCAAUUGGGAUGAGGUUGGAAAGUGGUACCAAUACGAUACUGAAGUACUCAGCUGCCAGAAGGAUCGCCUGGUUCCUGCCUCAACAUCCCACAGGAAAGACUUGACUGAAAAGAUCAAUAACCUCCAGGCUGGUGGCACAAGUGAGCUUAAGGCAGCUUUCAAGAAGGCAUUUGAAUUGCUGAAAGGCCGCGCUAAGACAGGUUGUCAAAGUAUCAUCAUCUUUGUUACUGAUGGAGAGGAUAAUGAUGGUGAUCCAGUGCGCUGUGGGCAGGGCUACUACACUCGCAGUGGAUACGUCCCAGGACAGCUGUGUAAAUAUGACUGGGCAAAGGUUUGGAAUGAAGUAGAAGCCAUCAACAAAUACAUGAAUCCCAGAACACGCAUCUUUUCCUACCUCACCAAUGAUAAAGGCGAAGAAUUUCCUGGAAAGCUAUCAUGCGAUAACAAUGGCUACAUGAAGAGACUUGUGGAUAACGAAAACAUCAUCUCACAAAUGCAAGAAUAUUACAGCUUCCUCGCUUCCAACACCAUCAGCAUCAACAACGUCACCUGGACUGCGCCCUACCUGGAUGCGUCUGGCCUUGGGCUCAUGGUUACCGUGGCGAUGCCAGUUACCAGCAAGUUGACCAACAGGACGAUUGGUGUUGUUGGCAUCGAUGCUACGUUAGAGGAGAUUGAGAACAUACUGCAAAAUGACCAGUGGGGCUCUGUCUACGCCUUCCUAAUCAACGAUGAAGGGGAGACUAUCUUCCACCCAUUACUUCGUCCGAGUACUGAGCUCGUGGACGACCCGAUCUUUAUCCAGAUUAGCGACUUGGAGCAGAGGGAUGGUGAGCCAAAAGAGUUCAGCAAGGUCCAGGAAGCCAUGAUGGACGGAAAGACUGGGUCCUACAGAAUCGAGAACGCCAUUCGCAGCAUACCGAAAGGGGAUUUCCAAGAUGGCGUAGUGCUGGUGACGUCACCGUCUACGUACUUUUACACGUCAAUCAAGGACUCUGUCUACGCCUUCGCGUUUAACCUGGCGGACUCGGAUGUGGAUUUCCGGCGACCUCUCCGUCCGAAAAACCAGUCAGAUGGACAGAUUUUGUACUAUAGCUACCUCGAGGCUUAUAACCUGUCUAGUGUGCGUAAGGAACUUGGUGGUCUGUACGAUAAACUCGACGUGAAGUACAACCUGCCUGCCUACCCGAACAUCUACAUAAGCCUGGAUAGACCGAGCGUCAUGCUUGCCCCCAAGACCUACUGCCACCCAAACGACUACCUCUUCCAUUACAACAUCUCUACCAUCGCCGUAGAGGCACACAGAAUCAUCAACGGCAUCACCAAUAGCACAGGCUGCCCGAACUCCAUGUUUAACGCUGCUGUCAGACCGGAUGUAAUGGUCACAUCCAAGAUGGAGUCGAUAUGGCUGAAGCGAAACCACGAGACUCUCAAAGACGUGCGCUGGACGUAUGUGAGCACUCGGAGCGGUGUGUUUAUAGCCCUUCCUGGACAUCGGACCCGCAGGAACUACGACCCGACAAGGCGGCCUUGGUACCAGCGCACUCUAGUUAACCCGGCCAAGACAGCUGUAUCGAACGCGUACAUGGAUGACAGUGGCAUCGGUAAAGUGAUCACCAUCUCACAAGCUGUGUUUCAAGGCAUUCCAAUGGAAAAACCCAAUUGCUCUGGUGUCCAUAAUCUACGGGGUGGCUGCCGCUGUGUGAGCCAUCGUCAGUGUCUGUCCGGAAAAUGCCGCUCGUACAGCGCCAACAGAACGCUUUGUGCGGGCGACCGCGUGGAGGCAGUCACGGCCCUGGAUGUUCUAUACCGAGAUUUCCAUCGACGUGUCUAUGAGCUGAUGACUGCACCGGAUGGUGAGCGCUCGUGUGGCGCAAAUUACACGUGCCCGGACGGCAUUCACACGUGCCAAACCAAGUGCUACUUGGUAGAUAACUUGGCCAACCUUGUGACGGACCCGAGCUUUUUGACAGUCAGUACUACAGAUGAGCGAGAGUACAAAAGAGUAUCAUUGGGUCGUAAGGAGGGGGAUGUGAUGAAGAGGUUGAUUCAAAGGGGAAUCUUCCAACAGAAUCUGAGGAUAGAUUUUCAGGGAGUUUGCAGCGUAUCGCCAUAUGCGCCUAAGGUUACAUUGGAGGGUCUCCUAAAGACCCCUGAGCAGGAGGACGACUACUACAAGAACAAGGGCCCUAUCCCUCCAUUCCGUAACGAGUAUGGCUGUAUACAGGACGUGGUGGGCUACUCUGCGGAUGAUAGUGCACUUGGUGCAGAUGGCAUUAUUUCAGGAUCUGUUGAAGGCCCAUGUAGAAGUGGGAACUACUUUAUCACAGCCCUCCCUCAAACCAACCUUUACCUGCUUGUCAUUGAGAACUGGAGUGAACACAGGCAGUCAUACUUCUACAACUUUAACUGCCAUAUCAGCAAUCGUGUGUAUGAUGCUGGGGCAUUUAGAAUAGUCAACGGUACCUGUGCACACAUUGAGACAAAAGUACCACUCAACACAAAGAAGAAGUGCCCAGGACUUAGGAAUGUCAAGCUUAAGUGUAGUUAUAAUUCAGGCAUCACCUUUUCCAUUCCUUGCUUACAAACUUUACUUUUCAUAGGGAUGAUUUUAUGGAAGAUUGAAUGGUAGAAAUAUUUUUUUGUAUAUUGAUAGGAAAAGGGUUGCUUUCUGAAAUAAUAAUGAUAAAACACGGAUGAUGUGAAUGUAUAUAAAUAUAUACAUAUACUGCCUGCAUCCAGUUGACAUAUUUGCUAUUUUUUCCCUUGAUCGAUAGUGUGUUUGCUCUACCUUGGCUUCUAAUACACAAGAGUCACUGUUUUGACGGAUUCGAACAUCAAAACUAGGAGGACUCUGUCAUGUAUGUCAAGCAUGUCACCUUUUUUUGGUUGGCUUGUAAAGUCCAUGUCAAUCGGAUUGAAUGUUCCAUUAUUCUUGCUUUCAUUGGUUUUCUUCACAAAAUUGUCAAAGCGGCCAUUCCAGUGUGCGUCACAUUGUAAAAUUAAUCAAUGAGUCACCAAGUACUAAUUAGUGCAUUGCUAAAAAGUUACUUAAAAAAAUAAACAAUUGAGGGAAUAAAUAACCAAUAACUUGUGAAUAUUGUUAUUUUCCCGGAUGAUCUCCUCUGAAAAAAUGUAUAAAACAAUUCAAAAUGACAUACAAUAAAAUAUUUUUUAAAUAUCAA